AUGCUGCAGAAGCGGGAGAAGGUGCUGCUCCUGAGGACCUUCCAGGGCCGGACGCUGCGGAUCGUGCGAGAGCACUACCUGCGGCCCAGCGUGCCCUGCAACAGCCCGCUCUGCCCGCAGCCCGCCACCUGCCGCAACGAUGGGAAACUCUUGUCUAGUGAUGUGACUCAUUACAUGAUCCCAGAUUGGAAAGUUGUUCAAGAUUACCUCGAGAUCCUUGAGUUUCCGGAGUUGAAGGGAAUUAUUUUCAUGCAAACGGCUUGUCAAACUGUGCAGCAUCAAAGGGGCCGGAGACAGUAUAACAAAUUGCGAAACCUCCUGAGGGAUGCCCGGCAUGAUUGCAUUCUCUUUGCUAACGAAUUCCAACAGUUCUGCUACCUCCCUCGGGAGAGAGGAGAAUCCAUGGAAAAGUGGCAGACCAGGAGCAUAUACAAUGCAGCCGUUUGGUAUUAUCACCACUGCCAGGAUAGGAUGCCAAUCGUUAUGGUGACAGAAGACGAAGAGGCUAUUCAGCAGUAUGGAAGCGAAACCGAAGGAGUGUUUGUGAUUUCUUUCAAGAAUUACCUGGACAAUUUCUGGCCUGAUUUAAAGGCCGCCCGCGAGCUUUGUGACUCCAUCCUUCAGUCUCGACGGGAAAGAGAGAAUGAGAGUCAGGAGAGCCACGGGAAGGAGUACGCAGAACAUCUUCCCCUGGAAGUGUUGGAAGCCGGCAUUAAAUCGGGACGCUACAUCCAGGUGAGGGUGGUCAUGCGACGCAGAGUGGUGGGCAUCCUUCAGAAGAACUGGCGGGAUUACGUGGUGACAUUUCCAUCCAAAGAAGAGGUCCAAUCUCAGGGCAAAAAUGCUCAGAAAAUCCUAGUUACGCCUUGGGAUUACAGAAUCCCCAAGAUCCGAAUUAGCACUCAGCAAGCAGAAACCCUCCAGGACUUCAGGGUAGUUGUGCGCAUCGACUCCUGGGAGUCAACAUCCGUGUAUCCAAAUGGACAUUUUGUGCGUGUGUUAGGAAGAAUCGGGGAUCUGGAAGGGGAAAUUGCAACCAUCUUGGUGGAAAACAGUAUUUCGGUGGUCCCUUUCUCCGAAGCUCAGAUGUGUGAGAUGCCAGUAAACACACCAGGAAAUCCCUGGAAGGUGAGUCCUGAAGAGGAACGAGAACGUCAAGACUUGAGGAAAACCCAUCUUGUAUUCAGCAUCGACCCGAAAGGCUGUGAAGAUGUGGAUGACACACUCUCCGUCAGAACCUUAGAUAAUGGCCACUUGGAACUUGGGGUCCACAUUGCAGAUGUGACACACUUUGUGGCACCAAAUUCGUAUAUUGACAUCGAAGCCAGAACAAGGGCCACCACUUAUUAUUUAGCAGACCGGCGCUAUGACAUGCUGCCCUCCACGCUCAGCGCCGAUUUGUGCUCUCUUCUGGGAGGCGUUGAUAGGUAUGCUGUAAGUGUCAUAUGGGAAUUGGAUAAAACCUCCUAUGAAAUUAAGAAAGUGUGGUAUGGCAGAACCAUUAUUCGAUCAGCAUACAAACUGUUCUAUGAAGCAGCCCAGGAACUGCUGGACGGAAACUUCAACAUUGUCGAUGAUAUUCCAGAAUUCAGAGACCUGGAUGAGAAGACCAGACAAACCAGGCUAGAGGAGCUAGCGUGGGCCAUUGGAAAGUUGACUGACAUUGCACGCCACGUCCGAGCUAAACGGGACGGUUGUGGCGCCCUGGAACUGGAAGGGGUAGAGGUUCGUGUUCAGCUGGAUGAGAAAAAGAACAUUCAUGACCUCAUCCCCAAGCAGCCCCUGGAGGUCCAUGAGACGGUGGCUGAAUGCAUGAUCCUGGCCAACCACUGGGUAGCCAAGAAGAUCUGGGAGAGCUUCCCGCAUCAGGCCUUGUUACGCCAACACCCUCCUCCACACCAGGAGUUUUUUUCUGAACUGCGAGAAUGUGCUAAAGCAAAAGGCUUCUUCAUAGAUACACGGUCCAAUAAAACACUGGCUGAUUCUCUGGAUAACGCGAAUGACCCCAACGAUCCCAUUGUAAACAGGUUGCUGCGAUCGAUGGCCACGCAGGCGAUGUCUAAUGCACUGUAUUUCUCCACUGGGUCGUGUGCAGAGGAAGAGUUCCAUCAUUAUGGCCUUGCAUUGGAUAAAUAUACUCACUUUACUUCUCCAAUAAGAAGAUACUCAGAUAUCGUAGUACACCGAUUGUUAAUGGCGGCCAUCGCAAAAGAUAAGAAAAUGGAAAUUAAGGACAAUUUGUUCAGCAACAAAGAUCUUGAGGAAUUAUGCAGACAUAUCAACAACAGAAACCGAGCAGCACAGCAUUCUCAGAAACAGUCCACUGAGCUCUUCCAGUGCAUGUAUUUUAAAGACAAAGACCCAGAAAAUGAGGAGCGUUGCAUAUCUGAUGGGGUCAUAUAUUCAAUUAGAACAAAUGGUGUGCUUCUAUUUAUACCAAGGUUUGGGAUUAAAGGUGCUGCUUACCUAAAAAAUAAAGAUGGUUUGGUGAUCUUCUGCGGCCCAGAUGGCCGUUCUGAAUGGAAACCAGGAUCCCUGCAGCGAUUUCAAAACAAAAUCACCUCUACCACAACAGGAGGGGAAUCUGUUACGUUCCAUUUGUUUGACCACGUAACAGUGAGAAUAUCUGUACAGGCCUCCCGCUGCCAUUCUGAUACAAUCAGGCUCGAAAUAAUAAGCAACAAACCAUACAUGUCACCAGAUACAGAACUAUUUCAUCAGAGCUCCCUCUUGCUAAAGAGUGAUUUAGUGAAAGAAGUAACCAGAUCUGUGGAGGAAGCUCAGCUUGCCCAAGAAGUCAAAGUAAACAUCAUCCAGGAAGAUUAUCAAAAAUACUGCCAAACAAAGGGAAGAAGCCUGUACAUGCUUCUAGAAGAGAUAAGGGACCUAGCUCUUCUGGAUGUUUCGAACAGUUAUGGAAUGUGA